AUGGCUGACAACGCGGAUCACCUCAGGACUACUCCCACCAGGAGCGCGGAAACCCCUCCAUCUUCCAUAGACAGAGAUCAGCCUCUUCCUUCAGUCGAGUUUACCUUCUCCUGCAGCCCAUCGUCCCCCGAAUGCCUGACCCCGAAUUCGUCGGUCGACGGCUUCAACUCAGCCAUCCCAGAAGGUCGCCAAUCCUCUACAACGCCAACCGCGCAGUUGCUCUUUGAAAACCUCCGACUGAGCGAUAGCAUCCCUCCUGCAGCACAACAUCCACCAAUUAAGCCAUCUAAUAUAACUCAUAACGAGUCUGGCUUAACACCCACCCGCAGCGCUCAUCGAACGACCUACCGAGAUCUACACAAUGCUACACCUAGCCCUAUAGGGCCCUCUUCCAUACGACCGAGCCAACAACGGUCACCAACUCCUACCCCACCCCCGGGGGAUGUCAGCUCUCAUUUCCAGAAUCUGAAUCUAGAAGACGCAGAUAGUUAUGUUUCUGACUCUGACAGGAGCUCUACGCUCAACACUGAGAGUGAUGUAGCGGAAGACAACGACGAGGAUGCUUACAACAUUCGUCAUGAUGCUCUUCCCCGGGAGCCUAUCUAUGAUAUCCGACUUCAGAAUGCACUGCGAGAUGUUAGAAGCGAACUUACGAGCCUCACACAAGUGAUGGGUUGUAAUGCCCUUGCCCACGACAAUACUACUGAUUUGUCGAAGCUAUACGAGAAAACGCUUGAAGCGAGUCGAUUCGCUUAUCCAGCGACACGCACGGUAGGCUUCAUCGGCGACUCGGGUGUAGGGAAGAGUAGUUUGAUAAACUCACUUCUAGAUCAAGAGAGCUUGGCCCGGUCGAGCGGAGACGGCGCUGCCUGCACCACUGUCGUUACCGAAUUCCGGAGUGUAAACGACACUUAUCCAGAGAACUACACCGUCGUUGCGGAUUUCAUGGACGAAGACGAGAUCUGUGAGCUCCUCGAGGAGCUUUUAUCCAGCAUUCGGAAAUACUACACGGAAGCCUUUCGUGAAGUGAGAACGUCGGAAGAACAGGAGAAUAUCAAGGUUGCGGCUAAAAGAGCCUGGGACACCUUGAGAUCCCUUUUUCCUCAUGAGCAAGAGUUGGAUAUUGACUUUCUUGCCCAGGAAGGAGAUGAGGCCGUCGCCACAAUUAUGACCGCCUUGCUGCAGUGGGCCAUGUCGGGCUUAGAUAACCGACCGGGGGGGCGUGAUAACCUACAGUACACAGUGGUGUCUGGCCAUGCUGAUCAAUGCAUGAGGCAUCUUGACAGACUGAUGGCCAAUGACGGUGACGGUGAUAACCCUGCGUUGUGGCCUUUUGUAAAGUUGAUCAGGGUCUAUUUGCGCUCCCCUGUCCUACGCACAGGUUUAGUUUUGGCCGACCUCCCAGGAUUCCGCGAUUUAAACUACGCUCGGGUGCGAGCGACGGAAAGGUAUCUACGCCACAGCUGCGACGAGGUGUUUAUUGUGACCAAUAUCAUGCGUUGUACAACCGAUCAGUCAAUAGGCGAUAUCAUUCGUCGAUGUGCGCGGGAUCAGCCUAUUCGCAUCGUGUGUACUCGCUCAGAGGACGUCAAUUCCGAAGAGACUGCACGUUCCGCACCCGCAGCAGAUGCCGUACGUAUCCAGAACAUGAAUAACCAAAUCCGGCAACUCGAGCGCAGGAUUGGACAGACAGGUACUCGCAGACGAAAAGCGCGCGGAAGUAGGAUGCGAAGUCUCGCUGCAGAGGAAAGUCACUUAAGGGAUCAGAAAGACGCCCUUGAGCUUCAGUUGACGCAAUUCCUCAUCACGCGAAGAAAUACAUCUGUGACUAACUCUUUGUUGAAUGCCUGGGGGGAAAUGGCUCGCGUAUUCUGCGUGAGCAAUAAGCUCUAUUCUGACCAUCGAGAGGACGAUCGACGACAGACCAAUGGGUACUUGGCACUCAGUGGUAUCCAAGAACUUCGGCGGUACUGCCAAUCAGUACCCGCAGAUGCGCAGUUCCAAGCCACGGUGUCUUAUCUUCAAAAGGAAGUACCAGCGCUCCUCGGUUCUAUCACGCAAUGGGCUUUAUCAGGAACUAGCACCGUGACUAUGGCCCGGGCUGAAGUCUUGCGGCGGGUUUUGGCUGAAGCUGAAAGCACUCUGACAGGGAGCACCACUCGUGAUGGCUCGCAGGUACACUUGUUACAGAGUAGCCUCAGGAGGCAAUUUUCCGAUGCCAUUACACAUCAAAUUCGCAGAUGUCGACGCGAAUGGAGGGACCAUGCAGUCGAUGCGAGCUUGGAAUGGGCAACUUGGCACCACAUGACAUAUGCAGCAUUCUGUCGCAACUACGGAACGUAUGAAACGGCAAAACAACCGUAUCGCUGCUGGAACAAAGAGAUUCUUGGUCCGGGAAUAAACCAGCUCUCUCUGGCGUGGGGUACCAUAUUGAACUGGCUUGAAGAACAUGGUAAGGAGCUCGAAGACGAACUCACCAGGACUUUUCAAGGUGUGCAUAAUGCUAUACACGAGCAACAUGAUCUGGCCCCGGAAACCCUAGGGAACUUGCUUCUGAACCUCCGAAUGCGACAGAUAUGUGUAGUUGACGCCGUUCAUAGCUCCAUAGAACGACUUAUUGAUGACACUGAAAAAAUCUCGGAUGACACAGUGGGUGGGCACGCGAGCUCAUAUAUUGGGGGACUUAUGCGUCCAGUCUACAACCUUUGCAUGCAACAAAGUGGAACGGGGAGUGAUUCGCGUCGGAAGCAAACUAUGAACCGUCAUCUCAGUUCUCCGGGUCUGUUCCAAGAGUUUGCUGACAGUAUUGCUCUCGACUAUGGAACGAUGAUCGACAGAGCAUUUGGACAGUUGGAUAACAAGCUUCGUGAGGAGGUUUCUAAUAUUACCCGAAAUUUACGUGCUACGGUCACGGUGGAGGGAGAAAUCUCCGAAGCUGGAGAGCAUCCCGAAUAUACAGAAGGAGUCAAGCGAGGGGUAGAAGCAUGCCAAAGAACCUUGGCAAAUGCUCAGACGAUAGUGCUAGAGAUGGGCGAGUGA